GCGGCAAUUGCGGUUCCCGGAGCUGUUUUUAGCUAGGUUUAUAUAAAUCUUGGGGUAGAUUGUCGUUUAAGUUGAGAAUGUCAUCCAAGUAUUUAUUCGGACGGUCGACUCAAGGUUUGUCAUCCGCUGCCAAUUAACUAUUUAUCUAGCCACUCAAACCGGAAUACCUAUCACCACAGACAUCCAGCCGCUUUGCGCUUCAAUCUCUGUCACCAUCAAUCUCCCCUGCGAGAAGGAUAGCUAGUUGAUUGCGAUCUGACAACCAUCGCUCUCUGCAGAUAACUCAGAUAUCCUCGUGCUGUUGACGCGAUGGCAGAGCCAACGGAAAAAGAGAAAAUGCUCCGUGGAGAGCUUUAUCACGCCUUCACGCCGGAGCUUAUAUCCGCGCGUGCAAAGUGCAAAUGGGCGUGUAAGAGAUUCAAUGAUUCCGAAGAAGUGACUCGGAGGCGGCAAGUUGAGCUUUGGAGAGACAUCAUCGACGACCACACCCCGCUUCCACCCCCAGCCGCUGACCCGGCCGCCGACGAGGCCCUCUUCGAAAACGAGCCCUGGAUCGAAGCCCCAAUCCGCGUAGACUACGGCUUCAACGUAAAAGUUGGCGCAGGCGUCUUCAUAAACUUCAACUGUGUCAUUCUCGACACCUGCCUCGUCACCAUCGGAGCGAGAGCGCUGCUUGGACCCAAUGUCAGUAUAUACAGUGGAACGCACCCGUUAGAUCCCGCAUUAAGGAAUGGGACCAAGGGACCCGAACUGGGCAAGGAGGUGCAUAUAGGCGAGGAUUGUUGGAUUGGUGGGAAUGUUGAUAUUUUGCCUGGGGUUACCAUUGGGAAGGGGGCGACAAUUGGGGCGGGGAGUGUUGUUACCAAGGAUGUACCGGCCUUCCAUGUUGCUGCGGGGAAUCCAGCACGGAUAAUCCGGCGGAUCGAGACGUCAAUGGCAACCUCCCCUCCAGAUGCGCAGAGCUGAUAUCGCUUGGGGUUUGAUAGGGAACUCCAUCACACAUAGCAUGGACCAUGACGCUUUCAUAGAGGAAUAUUUGCUACCUAGAUUUGCCUGAUACAGAGAAGACGGAAUGAGGAACAUAGAAUGAACAAUAAGAAUUCCCGGCGCAUUCCUAAUAGCUGCUUGAAAUGAUGUCAUGAGCACUGGAUAUCGAAGGUAAUUAAGUAAAAACGAAAAGGCUUUACUUUAUGACAUCUAUCUAUCAACCCUCAAAUUUUCCUCAAAUUUUUUUCGAGUUAGAAAACCAAUAUUUCUAUAAUAUUAAGUUUGAAACUUAUUUUCUCUAAGUGCAUAUAUAUACUCUACUCUGAUAUCGUCAUUAUCUAAGUUGAAUUGUUGAAGAUACUAAUGUUUUCCAUACGUAUCUUUCAUGUAGUGGGCUCAUACAAAAGACAAGUUUCAUAUAUGUUCAUCUUUGCAGUCAGGUGCACUCUCACUCAUGGGAGUGAGGGCGCGUGGCACCAGCUACUAAUUUAACCUGGGCCUGAAAGUAAAGGCUUGGGGAAAAAAAAAAAAAAAA